GGUUUAUUUAUGAAAAUUUCGAAAAACUGCAUUUCUGAAAUGAAAGCCUAUGUUUUUAAUGAAAGUCAGUUAAAGAGAAUGAAAAUCUUGAAUAUCGAACUCAUCAACUUUAGUGUAUUACAUUAUAAAUAGUGUUAAAUAUGCGAAUUUUUAAACAUUUACCAUUUAUGCUAUGCACGAGCAACCGAAAAGCGUGCACAUCCUUAUCAAUGCUUCGAUUCGCAAUCCGCCCAUUAACUUGUGAUAGUAUAACAAGAGGCAAUGCCAAAAAAAGCAAAAGUAUUUCAAAAACUUAUCCGAUUGUAGAUCACGCAUUUGAUGUUGUUAUUGUUGGCGCUGGUGGUGCUGCCUUACGUGCCGCAACCACUCUAGUGGAGUUGGGUUUUAAAACAGCCGUUGUUAGUAAAAUUUUCCCAACACGUUCGCACACUAUUGCGGCGCAAGGCGGUGUUAAUGCCGCGCUAGGUAAUCAAGUGGCGGAUGAUUGGCGUUGGCACUUCUAUGACACAGUAAAAGGAUCAGAUUGGUUGGGCGACCAAGAUGCUGCUCAUUAUAUGACACGUGAAGCACCGCGUGCUAUACUAGAGCUUGAAAAUGAUGGUUUACCUUUUUCACGUACUGCGGAUGGUAAAAUAUAUCAACGACCAUUUGGAGGGCAUACUAUCAAUUUCGGUAAGGGUCACGCAAGACGUGCCUGUGCAUGUGCCGAUCGUAUUGGUCAUGCCAUCUUACAUACACUCUAUGGCAAAUCACUCGCUUACGAUAUUAAAUACUUUAUUGAGUUUUAUGUAUUGGACUUGAUUUUUGACAAUUAUGCUUGCUGUGGUGUUAUCGCCAUUUGUUUAGAAGAUGGUACAUUACAUCGUUUUCGCGCACUUAAUACCAUAAUAGCUACAGGUGGCUAUGGGCGAGCUUACUUUUCCUGCACAUCUGCGCACACCAAUACUGGUGACGGAAAUGGAAUGGUCGCACGACAAGGUUUACCACUACAGGACAUGGAAUUUAUACAGUUUCAUCCGACAGGCAUGUAUGGUCCAGGCGUACUUGUUACAGAAGGUUGUCGUGGUGAAGGCGGUUACUUAGUGAAUGGAAAAGGUGAACGGUUUAUGGAGAAGUAUGCACCAAAAGCAAAGGAUUUAGCACCGCGUGAUAUGGUGGCACGUUCAAUGACCCUCGAAAUAAUGGAGGGACGUGGUGUAGGUCCCGAUAAAGAUCAUAUUCUCUUGCAAUUACAUCAUUUACCUCGUGAGAAAUUGCUCACCAAAUUGCCUGGUAUUUUAGAGACGGUUAGGAUUUUUCUUGGCAUAGAUGCGACAAAAAAAUCUAUACCAGUUAUACCUACUGCACAUUACAACAUGGGCGGCAUACCAAUCAACUAUCGUGGACAAGUUUUAACUAUUGAUAUGGAUAGUAACGAUCGAUGUGUAUCUGGUUUGUAUGCCUGUGGCGAAGUUUCAUGUAAUGUGCACGGCGCAAAUCGUUUGGGUGCUAACUCACUGUUAGAUCUUUUAGUAUUCGGUCGCUCCUGUGCAUUACAUAUUGCCGAAAACUAUCGAGCUGGCUGCCCGGCACCGGAUUUGAAGGAUAACGCAGGGGAAAUGUCUGUGGCAAAUUUAGACAAAUUGCUUCAUGCGAAUGGUAAUGUCAACACUGCCACACUGCGACUUGAAAUGAAGAAGGCAAUGCAUCAGCAUGCAGGUGUGUUUCGGGUUGGACCAAACCUGCAAAAGGGUGUAAAGAAAUUAACUAAAAUCUAUAACGAUUUCAAAGAUGUCCGCACUGUAGACAGAUCGUUAAUUUGGAAUUCCGAUCUAAUUGAAACACUUGAGCUGCAAAACUUGCUGGUGAAUGCAAUGUGCACAAUGGUGGCUGCUGAAAACCGCAAGGAAUCCCGAGGCUCCCAUAUGCGCGAGGACUUUAAAGAACGCAUUGAUGAAUAUGACUACAGCAAGCCUAUUGAAUGUCAAGAAAAGCGUUGCUUUGAUGAACAUUGGCGCAAACACACGCUUACAUGGAUUUGUGGUGACUCCGGUGAAGUUAGAAUCAAAUAUCGCCCCGUUAUUGAUGAACCAUUAGAUGACAGUGUGGAACAUGUGCCGCCUGCUGUACGCGCGUACUGAAUGUUUGCUUAUUUAAUAUUUAACAAUUGAUUAAUUUAUUAUUUUUAUACAAAAAUCUUCCACAAUAAAAAUGUACAAACUUGUUGAAUUGUUUAUCAAAAGAGUUUAAUAUUUUUAACAUUUUACAGUAAAGGAAGUACAAUAAUAAAAACACAUUUUAGUACAUACAUAUAAAACAGAUUUUACCACAAAUAUUCGAAGUCAAAAACAAAAAUAUAAUUAAUACUCAAGUGGAAGUGGGUGGCGUCACCUUUUUUCCGCAACGCAU